UUUGUAUUUACGUAACUGAAGCAUGUUAUUUGUUUUUCCCUCUCAAAAUAGCAAAAAUAGAGCACUUUUUUUCCCCUGUGUAGGUAGCUAAGAACGAUCGAUUCUCAGUCGCAUUUUGCUACUUUUGUUGUCUUUCUUACAAGCUUCCGUCCGAUAAUUCACCUUUGAGGGUGUUGCUGAGCUAAAUCACUAUUAGAGAAGCUGCUUCGUUCCUUGACUUCUUUUCUGAGUCAAGCUUCCUUCUUCCUUAGUGUAGUCUCGGUCCAAAGUUUAAGACUCCAUUCCUUAUAGCCUAGUCUAUAUCCACAGCUGACGUGACUCCGUACCGACGCCGCCUUUCCCUUUCUAUAGAAAAAAAUACAGUGCCAUUUACACAAACAACAGAAAGAAUGAAUAUGGUGUUGUCUCAAUUAUUGCCAGUGGUUUUGGUUUUGUUGUCUGUAAAUCAUCCGGCAAAGGCAACAGCAACGGUGGUGCUGCCGCUGGAAAGAUCUUUUCCUACGAAUAAUGAAGUUGAGCUCAGUCAACUCGAAGCACGAGAUCGAGUUAGACAUGGAAGAAUGUUGCACCAGCAGCAACACAACGGGGGGGUCGUUGAUUUUCCCGUUUAUGGCCGUUCUGAUCCACUUCUUGCUGGGAUUUAUUAUACAAGAAUUCAGUUGGGUUCCCCUCCGAAGGAGUUCCACGUACAGUUUGAUACUGGAAGCGACGUUCUCUGGGUUAGUUGUGUGCCCUGUAAAGGUUGCCCGACACGUGGUGGACUUGAUCGGAUUCAGUUGCAAUUCUUUGAUCUGUCGAGCUCAUCAACAGCUCAACCGAUCUCCUGUUCAGAUCAAAGAUGUGCUCUUGGAGCACAGUCUUCUUUCACAAAUUGUUCCGCUGAAAAUCAGUGCAGAUAUACAUUGCACUACUGUGAUGGCAGUGAUACAUCUGGCUACUACGUAGCAGAUGAUAUGCUGUAUGAUAUAGUUACGGGAAACUCUCUGAGCACAAACUCGUCUGCUCGUGUUACUUUUGGAUGUAGCACGUCACAGACGGGUGACUUUGGUAUGUUUGAUAAAGCAACUGACGGGAUUUUCGGACUUGGGCAGCAUGGUGUGUCGGUCAUCGCACAGCUGUCCUCACAAGGACUGAUCCCGCAUGUUUUCUCCCAUUGCUUGAGAGGAAGCAAUGGUGGAGGUGGCGUCCUGGUUUUUGGGCAGAUUGUGGAGCCAACUUUGGUUUACACUCCACUUGUCCCAUCACAGCCGCAUUACAUGGUUAAUCUUCAGACUAUUGCUGUCAAUGGACAGACAUUGGCAAUCAAUCCUCAAGUAUUUAAAACAACAAGAGACAGGGGAACCAUGAUUGAUUCCGGAACAACUCUGGGAUACCUUGCUGAAGAAGCUUAUGAUAUUUUUGUGAAUGCUAUCACUAAGGCUGUUUCACAGCAUGUGCGCGCUUUUGAUGGCCUGACUGGCCAGUGCUAUCGAACCACCUCCAGAGUUGAUAUAUUUCCCGUGGUGAGUUUGAACUUCGCUGGUGGUGCAGCAAUGGUACUAAGGGGUGAGGACUACCUCAUACAACAAUUUUCCAUUGGUGCUGAAACUGUCUGGUGCAUGGGCUUUCAGAAAUUUCCAGGCCGAGGACUGACAAUUUUAGGAGACAUGGUUCUUAAGGACAAGAUUGUUGUUUAUGAUUUGGCUAGACAACAGAUUGGAUGGGCCAGUUACAAUUGUUAGUCAUAUAGUUAUCCCUACACUCUCUGGUUCUCAGGCCGUCAAGGUUUCAGCUACCACGAGCAACGCCAGUGUUGCCAGCAUUAGUGUUUGGCAUUUACUACUUGUUCUUGUAAUAAACUAUAGUGUUGCAGUUUCUAGGUGUUCUCUUUCAUAGUAGUAGCCUAUUGAGGCAAUUUCCAAGCUCCACUCACUGUAAAUUCAUGUAGUGAUCACUUUCUUUGUAAAGUAGAUUUUGAACACUUGUGUAUAACAAUAUUAUCCAUAGUUGCAUUAGAUUUUGAAUGAAAAAUUUUGUUAAA